AGUGACAGCCUGCCCUGCUCUCUCCCUCCACAGUCCACACCUUCACAGCGAGCGAGAAUUAGGGGAAGCUUGCAUGAGUGAUGGACUCGUGCAAGAGAAUCCGAGUGGUAUUCAAAGAUGACGACAUUUUGAGCGAUACCCAGAAAUUGGAGGGCUUGACCCGCAGCUGGAUUCUGCUCCAACCCCGCCGCCUCCACGCCGUUUCCGACCUCGCCUCCCAUCUGCUCCACGCUUUCCGUCUCCACCAAUCCUGCCCCAACGGCCUCCUCCUCUCCAUAUCUGGCUUUGCCUUACCGCCGUUUAUAUCUACCAGCAUUUUAAAAGAUAAUGAGAUUAUCAGUGUGAAGAAAAGGAAACACAUUUUGUCAAUAGAAGGAAACGAUGCUGCUAAUGAUGUUCAGAAAUUGAAACCUCAGGAGAAGCAACCUGUAGAUGGUGGUGUCUUGCUUUUAGCAAAUGAGGAGUUUGAGAAAGAAAAAGGUGGUUAUGAAAGUGAUGAAUCAAAAAAAGUAUCUGAAGAUGAUGAUAAAUUCCUGUUGGAUGUGGUUGAAAAUUCUUCAGGUUGUAAGUCAAAAAAGAAAAACCGCAAAAGAAAAGUUGCGGAAUCUGAAGAUGAUGAAGUCCCAUUGGAAAUUGUAGAAGAUUCUGCAUGUCGAAAUUCAAGAAAGAAAAACUGUAAAAGAAAAUCAGUGGAGAGGCUAGAAGGCAAUAAGGAGAAGAAACAGUGUUCUGUGGUUACGGGAAAUGCUUCUAGUGAUGUUUGUAAAGAGAAAAAAGAUGCUUCUGUGGCUGGAGAUAACGUGGAAAACAAAGAUGGGCCUGCUAAGCGUAGUGAUAAAAAUAAUGAUGUGGCGGAGCCUGGUGAGGAGAGAACUGUUGAUGUUCAAGAGAACGACAAUGAGACUGAUGAUGCCAAAAUUUCCCCCAAGGAAACAAAAAAGGCUCCAAGUAGAAGUGCUCGGCGGAAGACUAAAAAAAGACGUUGGUUGCGUGAAAUGGCAAACAUUCAGAAGAAAAAUGCAACCUGUGAAUCAGAGGGUCUUCGAAACUGGAAAGAGGAUCAAGCUAAAGCUGACAGAAAAAAGACGGAUGACCAAUGGAAUGGACAGCAGAAGUGGAAAAAAUACCAAGCUGAUGCUGAAAGGAACAAAUCAGAUGGUCAGCCGAAAGGACUACUACAGUGCAAGCUAUCUUCCCCAAGCAAAGGGGUUGUUAAGGGAAAAAAGCAUUACCAACACAACAAUGACUUUCUUGAACUUCCAAAACAAAAUGGCGAUGUAUGCAAGCAGAAAAAUCAAAAUGGUGAUGUACAAAAGCUGCAAAAUCAAAACAACGAUAAACAUGAUCAGCUGGCCCAAAUGAGUGACACAUUAGAGCCGCCGAGCCACAGUUUGCAUGAGCAAUCAGGUCAGAUUAGUCCAUCUGUACAAGAAUGUACAAAUAAAAAACGUGAUGCAUCAAAGCAAUCAAAUCACAAAAGUAUCGAGGAGGAUGAAGUUGUUCCCAUUGAAAUAAGGCCAGGACAUAUCCGCUUUGAACCUUUGGAAGAAGAAGAAGCUAUGCAGCAAGACCAUGCACCUCUGGAAAUCUUUAAUUGGAAUGGAAUUACUAGCAAGAAGAAAGGCCAACAGUGGGGGAAGGAAAACCGUAGAUUCACUUCUAUAAAUGACUACAGAACAAACAAAGAGGAUUUCGAAACACCGACUAAAGAGAAAAAGAAACAACCAAAUGAGCGAAUCGACUUUGAUAAGCUUCCACCUCUUCCUGGCUCGCCAAAGGAAGGGGAUCUCAUUGCAUAUCGAGUUCUGGAAUUAUCAUCAACAUGGACCCCUGAGCUUUCUGCCCAUCGAGUUGGAAACGUGGCUUGGUACAAUGCGGAAUCCAACCAAACAAUGUUACUGCCAGUACCAGAAUAUCCGAUCGUUUAUGAGGAAGACGAUGAGGAUGAAGCCGCACAACUUGAUACUUCGCUUUAUAAAGAAGAUGGUUCUUUGGAGAUUGAUUUUUCAGCACUCGUUGACGUCCGUGUCCUCACCAGUGGGGGAUCAAAACCAGGAAACAAAGCUGUGACAUGUGUGAAUGAAGCAUCUACAAAGGAUGUAAAUGCUCUGAAGAAAGCGUUGCCUGUCACCAGUGGUAAACCAACAGCCGAACCCAGCCCAGAUACUCAAGAAUCUGACCAGGGUAAAGAGACACAGCAGCCUAGUGAAGAAAUUGGCGGGGGCAUCUGGGACCAAUUGAGCGAGGCUCUAAAAGCCAAAAAGGAGCAACUAUCCAAGGUAAAUGGUUGGGACAGUACCCCCAAGAAGGUGGUGGUCUCUCAGGAGAAUAGUCGGGGGAAGAAUGAGAAAAAGGUGCAAGCAUCACCUGGAAGUAACUUGGACAAGAAACCACAGAUGUUGCAGGACAAUAGUUGGGGAAAGCAGAAUAUAGGCAGUAAAUCAUGGUCGUAUAAAGCUCUGAGAGGAAGCGGACUUGGUCAAACGAUGGCUUUGCUGAGGUCGAAGAGGGAUACAUGUGAGACCGAAACUAAAUGAAACUCGAUUGCUAGGUUUUUGAUAGAAUGAUGGCAGUGUGUGCGUCCUUGUCAAUCCGUGUAAAUCGCCAUUGGUUUGAUAACUUAAUUAUGCAGGAAGCUUAAGCUAGUUCAACUUGUUAGAUAGUUGAGGUGCCAAGGGGAUCUCACUCAUUUGCGUACUUGGUUCCCUUUUCCUGGUAAAGUAUCUGGUAAAUUAACCUGUAUUUGUUUCGUACAUCCAAACUAACUACCCGAAAGUAAACAAACCCAUCAACCUUUCAUAUUUA